AUGGUGACAUUGUCGGGUUUAUUCACCGCUGCUCGAAUUAUUGUUACCUAUGGUCCAGGAUUUGCGCUUCUGUUUCUGCUCAAUCGAGCCAUUGAGAUUGAGCGCCAUGACAUUGUCGAUCGCCAGCAUCGAGUGCGUGAUCGAUCGGCGGACGCGGCGUAUGAUUUUGUUGUGAUUGGCGGCGGAUCGGCGGGAGCUGCUGUGGCGGCGCGAUUGAGUGAAGUGCACAAAUGGAGUGUUCUUCUCCUUGAGGCAGGACCCGAUGAGACCUUCAUAUCAGAUGUUCCUCAGCUGUUUCCCACGCUGCAGCAGAGUGAAUUGGAUUGGAAGUUUGUCACGCAGCCCACAAAUCACUUCUGUCUGAUGAAUGACAAUGGACAGUGUCUGUGGCCACGCGGAAAGGUCCUUGGCGGAUCGAGUGUGCUCAAUGCGAUGCUCUAUGUGCGCGGAAAUCGCAAGGAUUACGAUCACUGGGAGCAUCUGGGCAAUCCAGGAUGGGGAUAUAACAGUGUUUUGCACUACUUCAAGAAGUCCGAAGGCACGCGUGAGCCACACUUUGCUCACAGUCAUUUUCACGGCGUUCGAGGACCUCUCACAGUUGAGUACUUCCGAUUUGUCUCGCCUCUCAUGGAACUCUUUAUGGCCGCGGCGGAGGAAUUGGGACUCCUGAAUCCGCAUGGAGAUUACAAUGCUGAGUCACAGCAUGGAUUCGCGAGAUCUCAAGGGACUUUGAGGGAUGGCUUGAGAUGCAGCACCGCUAAAGCUUAUCUCAGACAAGCGUCGCAUCGUCCUAAUCUUCAUGUUUCUCUUCACUCUCAUGUCCAGAAGAUCCUUAUUGAUGAGCACCGCAAAGUGGCUUAUGGAGUGGUUUUUAAGAAGCACGAUUGGCCAUCUAGAGUUGUGUAUGCAAGGAAGGAAGUGAUUCUGUGUGCUGGAGCUAUUCAAAGUCCUCAAUUGCUGAUGCUCUCCGGAAUUGGGCCGGCGCAUGAGUUGCAGAAGCACGGAAUCCCUGUGAUCUAUCACUCUCCGGGAGUUGGAGAGAAUCUGCAAGAUCACGUGGCGAUGGGCGGAGGAUCAUAUUUGAUACAGAAUCCCAUUUCAAAGGACACUUUGAGCUUUGUCAUCCCUAAGCUGAUCAACGUUGAGGCGAUCAGGGAGUUUGUCUAUGAUCACAAUGGACCACUUUAUGCCAUGCCGGCGUGCGAAGUGAUGGCCUUCAUCAACUCCAAAUAUCAGGAUCCUCACGAAGAUUGGCCGGACAUUCAGCUGUUCAUGGCUGCUUAUUCGGAUAACUCCGAUGGAGGGAUUUAUAGCAAGAGAGGGAGUGGAAUGUCACACGAUUACUAUUCCCAGAUAUAUGAGAAUAUUCUCUAUAAAGACACCUUUAUGGUUGUGCCACUGCUCAUGAGGCCAAAAAGCCGUGGCAGAAUUGUGCUGAAGAGCAAGGAUCCUCAUGAAUAUCCAUUGAUUUAUCCCAAUUACUUUGAUCAUCCUCAUGAUCUCAAUGUUUUGAUUGAGGGUGCAAAGUUUGGAUAUUAUCACUUUUCUCGAACGAAAAUGAUGAAAAUGUUAAAUGCAACGCUAAAUUCAUUCAUCAUUCCUGGUUGUUCGCAUUAUUCUUACCUCAGCGAUGACUAUUGGAAGUGCAUGGCGCGUCAUUACACCCAAACAAUCUACCAUCCGGUGGGAACGUGCAAAAUGGGCCCCAAAUAUGAUAAAUGGGCAGUUGUGGAUGCGAGGCUCAGAGUGUAUGGAAUUAAGGGACUUCGUGUUGUGGAUGCGAGCAUAAUGCCAACAAUUCCCACCGGAAACACCAAUGCGCCUGCAAUUAUGGUGGGAGAGAAAGCGAGUGAUAUGAUAAAGGAGGAUCAUUUAGAAUACUACUGA